GUUGGAACCGUCCCGUCGAGAGUUUUCUUGAAACGUAUCCUUUCGUUUUUCGGCAUCCUCGUCCUCGUGGGGUAACCGAGCUUUGAAAAUUGAUCCAGGGGGUGUAGACUAAGUCUAAUGCAAUCUACGGUGGUAGUGACUUGCCCUUUCAAGGUCUAUCCCAAGCAGUUGCAGGCCGUUGCGCUCGACCUGGCACGAUGGAACGACGACCGUCAUCUGUCUUACCGCUUUUUUUGUGUAUUUUGUAAAAUUGUUUCAGGGAAGACAGGGAUCACUGAUGUCAAGGUUGGCAAGAGGGGUGUGGAUCUAGCAGAGCUAAGGGGCAUCUUCGGGACUGAUGUGGUGGACAAGUCGUUGAAGUUGUGGAAUAUUAUCAUCAGCAAGAUUCUAUACCCUCCGAUCCAGAACUUGAUCAUGGCAUGUGAGAGUCCCCAGCAGGGGUGGAAGAUCGUCACGAAGUUCUACCAAGAGAAGAAGGAGUCUGAGAAGACUAGGCUUGAGCAAGAGUGGUUGGCGUUAGAAAUGCGUGAGUCGGAGAACCCACAGGAUUACAUAGCAAGGUCGGAAGCUCUUCGAUUACGUCUUGCCUCAGUAGGAACUAUCAAAGACACAACACAUGCUUACAAGGACGUUGUGCGCGGCCUUCCCCCAUCGUAUGCCGUGCAAAAAGGAAUAUUGCUAGCAAGCGAUGUCGUGACUUUGCAUGCCCUUGAGACUGUGGUGAGGGACGCCCACAUGGAGAUGGAGCGCGAGAGGAGCAAGGAGCAGAGGCGAGAGGCGGAGCUCGCCCUCGUCGCGUCCGGUGCGAGCCGGAGCGGCGGGGGCAAUGGGGGGGCAUCCGGGGGACAAGGAGUAGUCGACGGUCAAGACCGUGAAAUCCGUGAUGGCGAGAGAAACCGUGACGUGUUCGUCGAAGAUCCCACCGGUUUUUGCCGCUACCACCAGUCCGAACUACACACGAACGGGCAAUGCCGUUACCAGCAGCAUCUGCGGCGGACUCGCACGAGAGCAGCCGCCGAGGAUCGCCACGGAGGUGGCGGCGGAGGCCGUGGCGGCGGCUGGAGCCAGCGAGGAGGAAGACCGCCGUCGGGAGCCGGCCGGGGUGGCGGGCGUUGGGCGUACGUUGUGUACUACGCCCACGAUGAUGGUGGCUACUACGAAGACUAUGGCGACUACGACGACGGCUACUACUACGACGGCGGCUACCACGACGCCGGGUACGCCCACUACGCCGGCGGUGGAGACAGCUACAGCUACCCCUCAGGGCAGUAUGUCAUUGUAGGAGAUGGUCGUCUGCUGAAGGUGAAAGCAAUCGGUAGCAUCAACCUCAGCUUUUUCCAGGAAGGCUCUGCUACCGUAGUACCUUCGAGUGAGAGCGUCCCGCCCACUGGUCCAACCAGUGUAGUACCUGCGAGUGAGAGCGUCCCGCCCGCCGGCUAUGCCGACGUAGUACCUUCUUCGGCUUCCGGUUUUGAGUGUGUGGGUACUUUCCCGGGUAUGGAUCUUGGAGAUACGAGUGUGCUCACCGACGAGCAGCUCAUGGAUGGCUAUGAUGACACCCCACAUCAAGAUUUUUUCCCCGUAUUUAUCCCAGAGAGUGACGCUGCGAAUGUGGCUGGUGUUUUGGAUAGCAUUGACGGAGGUUCUGAUUUUGACUUGGGUGCGGCCGCGCUUGGCCCUGGUGCGUCCCCGUUCACUCUUGGAUCGACCGAAAAGUCCGUUGACAUCAACCGCUUCCACCGCUCCCUUGCCCACGCUUGCGAGCCUCUUUUGAGAGAAACUGCCCAGCAGAGAGGCAUCGUGCUCACCGGCAAGCUGGAACCGUGCACGGACUGCAUGAAGGCGAAGGGCAGGCGAGCGUCGGUGCCGCGGGGGCCGGGAGCGAGGGCGUCCAAGCCUCUCGGGCGUGUUCACCUGGACCUGUGUGGACCGCUGGUGCCUUCCCUGGGCGGCAACCUCUACCUGUUCGUCGCCGUGGACAGCGCCUCGCGGUGGAACAAAGUCUACGGUCUCCGGCGGAAGUCCGACGCGCUGGCGGCAACGAAAAGGCUGCUGGCGGACGUGGGGCGGUACGACCUCGGACGAAUCGAAUGUUUCCGCGUCGACAACGGCACAGAGUGGACCCGCGGCGAUUUCCGGCGCUUCUGCGACGACAACGGCAUCGGCGUCGAGUUCACCCCGCCCGGCGUCCCGCAGUACAACGGCGUCGUCGAGAGCGCCAUCUGGCGGAUCAUGAAGGCCGGCAUGGCCGCCCGCCGCAGCGCUGGCCGUGUGUUCCACGUCGACUUCGCCUCCAUCCCCGGCCUCGACGAGCGUGGUGACCGUCUUUGGAUGGAAUCGGCGAAGUGGGCCGCCGACGCUCUCAACCAGUCGGCGACCAAGGCCAACCCCGGGCGGCGCUCGCCGCACGAGAUGUUCACCGGCGAGCAGGGGCCGUUCCGCGUGCUGCCGUUCUUCCAGCCCGGCUUCAUGCGCGAGGACCGCCGCACCAAGCUCGACGACCAGGCCACGCUCUGUUACUACCUGAACGGCGGCGACAACCACCCGAGCGGCACCGUCAAGGUCCUCAAGGCGUCCACCGGCCGCGUCGUCUACACCAACAACGUGUCGUGGGUGACGUCGGCGCCAGCCGGCGAGGGGGGUUCCGCUGGUAUCACCGCUGCGCCGACACCCCCCCCGUUCACGCCGCCGGUCGUCUCGAUCAACUUUGGCCCAGCACCGACGCCUUCGACCGCCACACCGCCACCGCCAGCGCCCACGCCGUCGCCCGCUCCCGCUCCCGCUGCCUCUUCGACUCCUGCCGCAACGCCGCCGCCAGCGACCACGCCGCCGCCCGCUCCCACGCCUUCACAGCCGCCCUCUGCCACUUCGCCGUCACCGUCGGCGACCCCCGCUCCUGGCAAUCCGUCCUCUGCCUCUCCGCCGUCACCGUCGGCGACCCCCGAUCCAUACCAGCCGCCGCCGCCGCCGGACCCCGCGAUGCCCCCGCUUACGGCUCACGCCAUGCGGCAGCUUCGCCCGGGUACAAAGGCCGAGGGUAUGACAGACCCGCGGCUGCCAAGCCGUACGAGAUCGGGCACGAGGCACAGCACAGGACUCAUCUCGAUGCUAGACAGGAACACUCUGGUGUCGAUGCUGGAGGCUCGGAGCGCGGUGGAUAAGGAGCGCAGGGAGCUGGGGGGGGCGGAGGCCGGAGAGCCGGGGGGAACGGGGGCCGGAGAGCAGGCGGGAGCACUCGCAGCAGUGGACCCGGGGGCUGCAGGAGCGGGCUUUCCACUCGCAUUUGCCACGCUCCUCGCCAACCGGGAAGACAUCGACGCCACGCUGCGAGACCAGCGCCCGCCGGAGCAACGCCCUGACCUUCCGCAUUGCCAGGCCAGCGACCUUCGUGUCCCCAAGAGCUACAAAGAGGCCAUGGCGUCGGAGCACCGGCACCUUUGGAGCGACUCUAUGCAAAGGGAGUUUUAUGGCUUGUUGGAAGCGGGGACUUUUACUCCGGCGAAGAUGUUGGCUGCUUUGGCGUGCGAGUUGAACCUCGACUUGUGUCAUUUCGAUGUUGAGCAAGCUUUUGUGCGUUCGGAGUUGGAGGAAGACGUGUACAUGCGUUUGCCGCAGGGAUGUGGAGCUCUAUCAGGAAUGAUUGUAAAACUAGGCAAGAGUCUGUAUGGCUUAAGACAGGCAUCUAGGCAGUGGCAUGCAAUGCUGAAGAGGUGUUUGGUGGCGUUAGGAUUUGAGCAGUGCAUGGCCGAUGCUUGUGUGUUUCGUUUGAUUGAGGAUGGAUGUGUUGUUUUGAUUUUGGUUGUACAUGUAGAUGACAUCUUUGCUGUUGGAGAGAGGGAGAGAUGUGAUAAGUUUGGCGCUGACCUUAACAAGUCCGUGCCAGUGAAGAACCUGGGAGAGUUGAGAUGGUAUUCUGGGUGCUUUUACGAGAGGAAUAAGGAGACCGGUAGGUUGACGAUUUCUCAGCAGACUUUCACGGACGAGCUAGCAGCAGAAUAUGGAGUAGUGGGAGGUAGGAGCGUUCCGAUGUCUUCGGGUGUGAAGCUUUCUGAUUUUGAUGCGGAUGAGGUGGCGACAGAGUUUCCGUUUCGUGAGCUGGUAGGAUCGUUGAUGUGGCUGGCGACUCAGACUAGACCAGACAUUGCGAAUGCAGUAAGGGCAGUAGCUAGGUAUUGCGCAUCUCCGAAGCUGGUACACUGGAAUGCAGCGAUGGAUAUUUUAGGCUAUGCGAGGAGGACGAGUCACUUUGGUAUUUCGUUUCAGAGAGGUACGGUAGAGGGAUUCAGCUUGCAGGGAUACGCUGAUGCGGACUUUGCAAGCAAGGCAGCAGACCGUAGGUCGGUAUCAGGGGGGAUCGUGACGUGUGGAGGAGGCGCUGUGUCUUGGUUUUCCAGAACGCAAAAAUGCGUCACGCUUUCGACGACAGAAGCAGAGUACGUCGCGCUAGGCGACGUAGUGAAGGAGAUUUUGUUUUUGAGGCAGAUUUGGCGUUUCAUGUUGCCGCAGGUCGGCAUGCCGUGCAUCCCCGUCUUCGAGGACAACCAGGGGGCGAUUCAACUAGCGCAGAACCCCAUCUCAAACUCGAACUCGAAGCACAUUGAUGUAAGGCACCAUUUUCUCAGGGAACUGGUAGAGAGGAAGGAGAUUUCGGUGAUUCACGUGCCGUCUCCGUACCAGCGUGCAGACUUUCUUACGAAAAGUUUGCCCAAGGAUGCGUUCGAGUCUCACCGUGAUUUUGUGAUGAAUUUGGCAUGA